AUGACCCAACACAUUUCCAGUGAUUCUGUUGUAAUUACAAUUUCUCUCAACCAAUUAAUGAAUGAAGAAGAAUGUGAUACUUUAUUAGAUCAAUUGAAUAAUGCUAUUGAACUGGUUCAGUCUAAGAAAAAAGAAUUAAAAAAAGGUUUUAAUGAAACAAAAAAUCAAGAAACAAAAGAACAAGAGAAUAUUAAAGAAGUUGUUAUAGUAAGAGAAUUAGAAGUUCACAAAAAAGAGUAUCAAUAUGAAGAAUUCUUACCUAAAAAUGAUCUUGGUCUUUUUAAAAAAUAUCAAUCAACAUUAUUUGUAUGGACUAAAACAACAAAAUUUUCUAUUUUAUUUGAUACAAACAAAGUUGGAUGGAAUAGGUCAUUAUUCAACUCGUGCAUACUUAAUAAACCAAAUCUUCUAUUCCUUUGUUUUUCAAAACCGAUGAUUGUUGGACUAUGGUCUUCAACAGAAAUAAAAGCUUUUAAUUCUUAUUCAUCUGACCCUUCUUUCUUUUUAAUGAAAAUCACUGAAGAUGAAAUUCAACAUUGGUAUAGAUCAAAACAAUCAACUUGUCCAGAAGAUGCAGUCUUGGUUUAUUCAAAACACUCAACCCGAUGGUUUGGCUGUUAUGACUGUUGGAUUCAAGCAAACCCAAAUGGUAUAAGUACUAUCUACCCAGAGAUACUCUCAGACUUCUCUGGAAUAAGUUUUCCAAAACAAUCAAGUUUCAUCUCAUCUUUCAAAGUCGAGAGAAUAGUAAUUUUGAAAUGUAUUUAG